UGCUAAAAAAUGUUUUUUUUUUAUCAAUAUAUUAUUUAUUAGUUAAACAAAAUUAUGUCUGUUCUAACCAUUUGUUUUGGUACUUGUGGAAUACGUUUUACACACAGUCUUUAUUCUACUAUUUUUAAUGACAUUAAUGCUUUUGAUCCUAUUGUUACUCAACACGUUAACGAAGAGUAUAAACAUAUAAGUGAGUCUUAUUUUUUUGAAUUAAAAUCUAGUGGUUAUUUGGAACCCAGGUCAGUUUUAAUAGAUAUAGGAGAUCCGAAUAUUGGUGAAACCUUAAAAAAAUCAAAAAAUUGUAAUUGGGGAUUUGGACAAAAUGCAUUAGGAUUUAAUUUUAUUGAAGGAACAACAAAUAACUGGUCAUACUGCUAUUAUGUCAAAGGUCCUGAAAUGUUUGAAGAUGUUUCUAGUCGAUUGAGAUUUGAAAUAAAUAAAAUUGAUAAAAUUGAAUAUUUUUUAAUAAUAUUAUCACCUUCAGGUGGUUGUGCUGGAUCAGCAUGUUUUAUACUUGAAAAAUUAAAACAGGAUUUUCCUAAAAUUUCUUUUAUUGUAGUGUUUAUCAUGCCAUAUCAGUCUAAAGAUGCUAUCCAAAAUUAUAAUACUUCAUUUACUAUUAGUAAAUUGUAUAGUAUUUCAGAUUGUAUUUUUUCAUUUGAAAAUUCUGUUUUACAAGAAGUUUGUCAAGCUGGACAUUCAGAGGUCAAAGUUUCAUUUGAUGAUUUGAAUCAAAUAGCCACCAAACAACUAAUAUCUAUUUUUCAACCAGUUGAACAUCAAACGUUUCCUUAUUUUUUGUCACUUGUACAUGAUCAAAAAUAUAAAUUUUUAAGAUUAAUGUCAUCUCCUAAUUAUAGAAAAGAAUAUUCUUCUUAUGAAUCAACUCCCAGGUGGGAAGCUAUUGUGAAUCAAACUAUACGUUCAUUAAAUGCAUCACAUGCUGUGUCUUUUGGAAAUUUUGUUGUAUAUCGAGGUGCUACUACCAAUGAUCUUGAUAAAUUAAAUUUUUGUGGAAAGUUAAAUACUUUAUCAUUUUCGAAACAUAUUCUAGAGGAACACAAAUUUUCACAAAUGUUUCAACAGAGACAUUUUAUGGGUUCCAAAUAUUUAAGUGUGUUGUCAAAUAACUCUACUAAUGCUUCUGCUUUAAACUCUGUAGUAAAAUUAGCCAAACGGGCUUUUUCCCAUAAAGCAUUUGUACAUCAUUAUAUUGAAUAUAAUACAAAUAUCAACGAUUUUAAAAACGUUUUUUCUAAUGUGAACCAAAUUAUUAAAGACUAUUAUGAAUUAGAGUGAUUUAACACUUCAUACUACCUAGUUUGGUUUUAAUUUUAUUAACUAUUAGAUCUCAACAUUUAGUAAUAAUAUUUUCUAGUCAGUUGUCACAAAUUAGUCUUAAGGUGUUCCUAGAUAGUUUUUCACUUUAUUCCUGUUUUUAACGAACAUUUUAAUUAAUGGUACCGAUUUUUUUUUAUAAAAUCUAUUAUUUAUUUAUUAUUUUUUUUUUUGGUGUGUUCUACUGAAAUUAUUGUACAAACUUGAGUGUCAUUUUAACAUACAAUAAAUCAUCUUUUUA